CAAGAAUUCGUGGCUUACGGAUAGGUUAGUUCAAAGUCAGCACAAAUGUCCUUGAACGCUGAGCGCAAACUUGGAUGCUGUUGGUCACUUUUAAUCACUGAACCUUUGGCUGUUCUUCCUCGCUAUGCCAUGUCAUACAAAGCAAGGAAGAGUAUAUUGCCGCUCCACAUAGAUACGGCCUCCUUUACGACUCCACUCCCUCAAAGAUCAUCAUUCUACCGCCGAAUCCCAAUCAAGCGUCAAGCCCCAUCAGUUAUCUUGAUCGUACUUCUCCUCCUGAGUCUUGCGUAUAAUGUAGCAAAAUCGCACCGAAGACAGCCAUCCUCAUGCAUAGCGUCCCAUAUUGACGAAUCGUUACCACCACCAUCUCACCUGGCCACGCACGCUAUUGUUAUACCUGGCCAUUCAAUAUUUACUGGUUCGAAUGCCGAAGAUCUAGAAAACGAGUCUUAUUGGGUUCUUGAGUCAUUCCAGCAAGGCCAAGUAACGACGUUCCUUAACCAUAUCGAAAAAGGAAUAGAAUUGGCAAGGAACGACCCAAAUGCGUUACUUAUAUUUUCAGGAGGGCAAACACGAGUCCAUGCUGGUCCUCGUUCCGAAGGGUCGUCCUACUGGCAAAUCGCACAGCUCUUGCUUGCUGGAGAUCCGGAUUACGAUACCAUCCUUAGUAGAUCUGUCACUGAAGAGUAUGCUCGCGACUCGUACGAAAAUCUGCUAUUCUCGCUAUGUCGCUUUGCGGAAAUGACGGAUCAGUAUCCUCUGCAAGUUACCGUAGUUGGUUUCGAAUUCAAACGAAAACGGUUCGAAGAACUACAUCGCAGCGCAUUACGCUACCCUCGAGCUCGAUUCGAAUAUAUAGGCAUUGAUCCCGAAAUUUCUGACAUGGAUACUAUAACCUAUGAAUCCGAGACAAACAACUCUUUCAAGCCUUUUGAGAACGAUUUCUAUGGUUGCAAAGGAUCGUUACUGCAAAAGAAGAUCGACCGCAACCCUUUUAGACGACGGCACAUGUAUAGAGACAGUUGCCCUGCCCUUUCACAACUUAUUAGUUACUGCCCCUCUACUAAUAGCGUAUUCGAUGGACCUUUGCCAUGGGAUAAUCCACAAAGCAAUCCACAAAGCAAACCUCUAUUAAAAAAAUAGAAUCGAAAAAAUAUUUUGUACAUAAAGGGAAAUUCCGAAAACGGUG